AGAGCACUGGUAGUUUUAUUACAUGGCGCAGCCGGUGAAAAUUAAUUUGUAAGAAAACCCACGCGGUAACAAAUUAGAAAUAUUUAUAUUAAAUAAAAUUACGCGUACAAAGAAAAAGAUUUUAUAGCGAAAAUCUUUAAGUAAAUGGCUCUUAAAUUCUUAAAAUGAACCAAAUUAAAUGGGAAGAGCUAAACUCAGUACAAGUGUUCGCAUAUUGAGUGUCAAACCACGUGGAAGGCCACCCAAACAGAUCCGAUACGUCUACAUAAAAAGCAUGGAUUACGUAAGAAAAGUUGAUGAGCUUAAAUUAAGUGGAAACCUAGCCGAAAAUUGGAGAAUUUUCUGGCAAAAUUUUAAAAUAUUUGCGGUGGCUAUCGAGUUAGAUAAGAAGCCGGAACCAGUAAAAGUAGCUAUCUUCUUAAACGCGAUUGGCACAGAUGCAAUCGAAAUUUUUAAUACAUUCAAUCUUGAUGAUGAGCAAAGGAAAAAAUAUGCUGAGGUUACAAAAGCAUUCGAAAAUUUUUGUAAGCCAAAAAGGAACGAAGUUUAUGAAAGUUUUGUAUUUCAUAAUCGCAGCCAAACACUUGGCGAGCCAUUUGACAACUUUUUAAUGGAUUUGAAAAGAAUAGUACGAAGGUGUGGUUUCGACAAUGAGGAUCGAAUGGUUCGUGACCGUAUUGUAUUAGGUACAAAUGACAAGAGAUUGCAGAAGAAAUUGCUGGAUACACAUGAGUUAACAAUGGAGAUGGCGGUAGAUUUAGCACGUUCAGCGGAGCUUUCAAAUCAACAGGUAGCACGUAUGCAAGGCAGUAGUGAGGUGGUAGAUUUGGUACGAAAGAAUCCGGGCAAGGGUGGCACUGAAGCGCAAAGAAGUGAACCAAAUCACCAUAAAGAAUGUAAAAAGGGAAACAUUAACUGUAAGUUUUGCGGUAGAACACAUUUAAGAGGUAAAUGCCCAGCCUUUGGGAAGUUUUGUAACAACUGUAGAGGAACAAAUCAUUUCGCGAGCGUAUGCAAAAAGAAAUCGGUCAAGGAAAUAAAACUAGAAAAUAAGAAUGAAAAUGAAACUUAUUUAUAUUUAGAUACAAUUAAAAGU